CCUCCAUGGAUUGGACUUGUUUGUCCAGCACAUGGCACAGAUGUUCGAUUGGAUUGAGAUUUGGGAAAUUUGGAGGCCAAGUCAACACCUUAAACCCUUUGUCAUUUUCCUCAAACCAUUCCUGAACAAUUUUUGCAGUGUGGCAGGGCGCAUUAUCCUGCUAAAAGAGGCCAGUUCCAUUAGGGAAUACCGUUGCCAUGAAGCGGUGUACUUGGGCUGCAACAGUGUUUAGGUAGGUGGUACAUUUCAACCCAAGGACCCAAGGUUUCCCAGCAGAACACUGCCCAGAGCAUCACACUUCCUCCACCAGCUUGCCUUCUUCCCAUAGUGCAUUCUGGUGCCAUCUCUUUCCCAGAUAAGUGACGCACAUGCACCCGGCCAGCCACGUGAUGUAAAAGAAAACGUGAUUCAUCAGACCAGGCCACAUUCUUCCAUUGCUCCAUGGUCCAGAUCUGAUGCUCAUGUGUCCAUUGUAGGCGCAGGUGGACAGGGUUAAACGGCUAGGCGGUCCCAUGUGGAGCAAGUUGCAAUGCACUGUGUGUACUGACACCUUUCUAUCAUAGCCAGCAUUAACUUUUUCAGCAGUUUGUGCUACAGUAGCUCUUCUGUGGGAUCUGACCAGAUGGGCUAGCCUUUGCUCCCCACGUUAAUGAAUAAGCCAUGGGCUCCCAUGACCCUGUUGCCGGAUCACCGGUUGUCCUUCCUUGGACCCCUUUUGGUAGGUACUAACCACUGCAUACCGGGAACAUCCCACAAGACCUGCUGUUUUAGAGAUGCUCUGACCCAGUCGUCUAGCCAUCACAAUUUGGCAUGAUUCUGAUUCUUCAUUACAGCACUUGAAGUUCUAGCUUAUAAUUCAGUAUGUAUUAUUCGGUAUUAUUCAGCCACUACUAUGAAUUAGGCCUAUGGAGUAACUGUAGUUAAACUAACAGGGAAAGUAUGUAGUUAUAAGAGUAAUGAAUGUGAGUCAGGAGUCUCUGAUGGGCUCUGGGAGUUGUUAAUAUAUUUAUAUUUAGAUUUACACUAUUUGACAGAUACACUUAUACAGAGUGACAUACAGAAGUAUUUUGUUGUGUCCAUCAAAAACAAAUCCUCAGGCUAGUACAGAAACAGUGCAAGUCAGGUUUUUUUUUAUUAGUGCUAAUUUAGGUGUUUAGUGUGGAGAUGGAUCUUCAGUUUUUGUUUGAAAACAGACUAAGCUGUUUGGACAGCCUGGGGAUGUUCAUUUCACCACCUGGAUGCCAGGACAGAGAAGAUUCUUGAUGCGUGUCUUCUUUGUAUCUUGAGGGAUAUGGGUCAAGUUGAGCCAUGCUAGAGACUUGAAGGGAAUGCAGAGUGGGGUUUGAUAAAUGUGUUUAGGUAUGUGAGGGCUGGUCUGUUUUUGGCUUUUAGGCAUGCAUCAGUGUUUUAAAUCUGAUGUGGGCAGCUACAGGAAGCCAGUGGAGGGAACACGGCAAUGAGGUGAUGUGGGAAAAAUUGAGGAGAUUGAAAACAAGUUGUGCAGCUGCAUUCUGGAUCAGUUGCAGGGGUGGGAAUAAUAUUUAUCACUGACUGACUGUUUAUGUAAAUGUAUUUACUACAUAUAAACACAGAUAAUUGCUCAAGUUUGGAGCAAGUAUGCCAUGAUCAUAGUGGUUCUUUAUAAAGAGGCUUUCACCACAAAACAAACAGCAUCAGAAGAGUAUCUUCACUCAUAUGUCUCUGUAAAGGUGCAUCAACUCACUAUUCUAAUUACUUCUCCCUCUCUUACAGAAUCCUGCAUACCAGCAUAAUAUCUGACACAUUUGAUUCCCUUGUCAAACAGCAAAGCACAGUAUUGAUGAGUGCUUGCUGUGCUUGAUUACUCAGUGUGAGUGUUUGACACAGACAGUGCCCAGGGGAAAAAAUCUCAGCCAGUUAGUCCACAUCAAUUGCCAUGGCUCACAUGACUGACUUUGUAUGUGUCUGUUUGUGUGAAUGAACCUGCAUUUUCUCUGGCGUGUGUGACGUUAGUGAAAGGUGGGUCAACAUACAAACAUGCACACAAACACACCCCUUAAAGUUAAAGGCCUCUGACACACCAAGCCUUCUGUCAGUUGUCAGCUAGUGCUGAAUCUCUUGUUGUGUGUCUCACUGUUCUUGUCAGCACCGAUUCAGUCGAUUAAGCAUGUUGAAUGAUGAGACAGUCUUUCCGACUGGCUGCUCAGCUAAGAAAAAAAAAGCAAACAAACAAAAUCUUGAGUGGGUAUACACAGACUACCUCAUUUUUUUCUUCUGUGGUAGCUGGCUAUAUUUGCUGCAUAAUAAAAUAUCAUUAGCCAUCUUGGUCUUUAAUAUGUUAUGUAAGUAUAUGUCCAUGAUACUACUACUGGUGGUGUUCUAUGUUGACAUAUUAUUAAGAACAGUGCUUGUGAGUGGCACAAACAGAAAAUUGUUUGUCCUAUCAUUGGGAGAUUCAGCUUCACUCCAGGCAAUGCCAGAGUCAUCUGUGGCUGGGAGUCCAAGAGUACAUAAUCGGCUGUGCUCUUUGGGGAGGAGGGAUGAUGUUACUCUCUCCCCUGUCAAUCACAGCAACACUAACCAAUCCUGGGCAUCUGUGAAUAUGGAAUAGUGAAGUUCUGUGCCCUGUGAUGUAGCAUGAGCAGCAAAAGAUGUGGUGGCUGGCUUCCCUUGUCUUGGAGGGAGCACAUGCUGGCUGUCACCCUCUUCACCCACCAAUUUGGGAGAAAAUGGGGUAAAAAAAAAAGAACAGUAGUAUAUGGUUUGUAUUUCUGAUAUAGUAUUUAUAAAUAACAAACACAGACUACUGCCCCCUUCUGGUAUGGAGUGUUGGUGGUGAAAGUGUGUGCAUGUCGGCCAUCAGCUGUAGUCUUUGCUGUACGUUUAAGCGUAAUGAUGGAAGCUGAUCAUUUGGCCCUGGUUAGCUCUAUCUCUUUUAUUCUGGCGCAGAGGUUUCUCCUACAGGACUGUCACUUGUAUUGUUGAAGUUGUAUUGAUGUUGUAUUGAGAGCAGUCUUUAGUAAUUUAUUAGAUCAACAUCUAAUAUUGUCUAGUAAAACCUUCACAUACAGUUGAAUUGAAUUCUAAUCUGGCUCUUAAAUUGUGACCUUUCAGGUGCAAUGCUAUUUUUCUUCUAAUAUUCUGAGAUGUUAAAGCUUUGAAUGCUUUGCACCUUUAUUUCAAAACUACAUGGAGGACAGCUGAGGCUGGCCUUGUGCCAUGUUGUGCUGUUCUUCUGCGGUUGCUGCUGUAUCCACAUCACUGCAGUAAAACAGCAGAGAGUCUCUCUCUCUCUCUCUCUCUCUCUCUCUCUCCCUCCCCCUCACUCUCUCUCUUGCUGUCUCAUCCAUUCACUUUCACUCUCUAUAUUUCUCUGUUGCUUUAGGCUACGUCAUUGCCUUACACACUCAAUGUGCAGGCUGCAGUUAAGGCAUUUUAGCCCUGAGUCUUAUGGUGAACUGCUCUGUAAUAAGGGUGGCCCUUGUAGGCUGAACACAGUGGUCAGAUUGUCACUUAACUGUGUAAUAUCUAUUAAAUUAGCUAGGCUUAUUAUUUGGCUAGUGUACUGUGGAAAAAGACUCCUCCUUCCCUCUGCUGCAUUGACCAAUCAGACACCAGACUGCAAAGUGUGGUAUGAGUGCAGUGCGGCGAGGAGGAACAAACGAUCUGAGCUCUGUGUGUGUGUGUUAGGAAGAGGAGGAGAUGAUGGGCAGAGCGAAAGAGAGAAACAGGGCUGAGUGAAUGUUUUGUUGCUCUAUAUGUGAUAGUCAUCCUGAUCUUAUUAAGGUCUGCAUUCUCCCGGUGCUCAUUCCUAUUAGAGACGGAGAGAGAGAGAGAGAGAGAGAGAGAGUGUGUGUGUGUUUGUGUGCGUUUGUGUGUGUGUGUGUGAGAGAGAGAGAGAGAGUGAGAGAGUGAGUUAAAUCAAGUAUGUGCAUGUGUGUCGAGGUGAGGGAAGCUGCUGUUGGGAGCUCCUGAAGGGGCCUGAUCUCAAACACACUGUGAAUUAUUCUUCUGCAUUUGCCUUCUCGUACCUCCGUCUUCUUUUUUUUUUCUUUUUUUUUUUUUUGUCUUACUUCUUUACAUCCUUUACUGUGCCAGAUGAAAAUGUCAAAGGGAGGAGAAACUCUGUCAAAUGGCUCAGAAAGAUCUGAUCUGUCAGUGGCUCUGGAGGACUGCAUGGCAGCGCUGGAUUUAUUCCUGCAUAAUGACUUUGACAAGGCACUGUCUAGACUCAAGAGCAGGAAUAAAGAGAGUAUGUAUCAUGCGCUCACGUAUGCCACCAUUCUGGAAAUGCAGGCAAUGAUGACCUUUGACCCUGAGGACAUCUUGUCAGCAGGAAACACCAUGAAAGAUGCUCAGGCUGUUUGCCAGCGGUAUCGUAAGAAGUCCUCCUUCAACAGCAAAGCCUUUACAGAAGAGGAGCUGCAUGCUGAAGUGUGUUAUGCUGAGUGUCUCCUCCAGAGGGCAGCACUGACCUUCUUACAGGACGAAAAUAUGAUCAGCUUUAUCAAAGGAGGAAUUAAAGUGAGGAACAGCUAUCAAAUAUACAAGGAGCUUCAUACAGUCCUGAAAUCCUCUGAUUAUGUUCAUGGUCAAAGUCAUGGCCACUUUGAGGGAGGAGUGAAACUUGGAGUGGGAGCUUUUAAUCUGAUGCUUUCCCUGUUGCCCACGAGGACCCUGAGGAUGCUGGAGUUUGUGGGUUUCUCUGGUAAUAAGGAGUUUGGACUGCAGCAGCUCCAGGAGGGCUCUGCUGAGCACACGUUUAGGUCUUUCCUGUGCAACAUGCUGCUGCUUUGCUAUCACACCUUCAUGAGCUUCAUACUGGGGACUGGAGAAGGAGACGUCAAGGAUGCAGAGAAACUGCUUCAGCCGUACCUAAAACAGUAUCCUAAGGGAUCUAUCUUCUUGUUCUUCGCUGGUCGAAUUGAAGAAAUCAAAGGCAACCUAGAUGCUGCUAUUAAACACUUUGAGGAGUGCUGUGAGGCCCAGCAGGACUGGAAGCAGUUUCAUCACAUGUGCUACUGGGAGCUGAUGUGGUGUUUCACCUAUAAGCGACACUGGAAGAUGGCUUAUUUCUAUGCAGACCUGCUCAGCAAAGAGAACGCAUGGUCUAAGGCCAUGUAUGCAUAUAUGAAAGCUGCCUACCUUAGCAUGAUGAGUACAGAGGAACGUCAGCCAUUUGGGGCGAGCGAUGUGGCAUUAUUCAGGCAAGUGCCUGGGCUAAAGCAGAAAAUAGCUGGAAAGUCUCUACCCACUGAGAAGUUUGCGAUCCGCAAAGCUCGCCGCUAUAAUGUAGACAACCCCAUUCCUCUGCCUGCACCUCCACUGGAGAUGAUGUAUAUCUGGAAUGGCUACACGGUGAUCGGGAAGCACAAAGACUUGACAGAGGGCAUGUUAAAGACACUGGAUGAUGCUCAGCAGAAACUUGAACAGAAUCCAAGGACAGAGUUCUCCAUAGAUGACCAGUGUGUGCUGAGUCUGCUGAAGGGUCUGUGUCUCAAGCACCUAGGCUACACCGAAGAAGCUGAGCACUAUUUCACUCUUGUCCUCUGCAAUGAGACACAGAUCAAGUUUGACCACUACCUUGUACCAAAUGCUCUGUUGGAACACGGCCUGCUGUGUCUGGAGCAGGGCAGGAGAGAGGAAGCCAUUAAACUGCUAGAAAUGGCCAAGCAGAACUAUAAAAACUACUCGAUGGAGUCACGGACUCAUUUCCGGAUCCAGGCAGCGCUACAGAAAGCACAAGCCAUAGAGGAGAAUGGGGAACCCUGCUCUCCCUCAAGCCCUUAACAACCAUGGUAACAACAGAGUAAGAGAGGUCACAGGGUCAACAUAUGCCAUGCUCAGGCCUAAGGAGCCGUUUGGAGGCUGCACCAGUGCAGAAAUACAAACAACAGACAAGCGGGACUGAGCAUCUGAUGAGAGAAACCUCAAUCUCUCUCACUCACACAUAUGCAUUAACAGUUACACACAAAACGCAUUUCUAUAUAUCAGAGACAAUAAUUACAAUACAUGGAAUCCCAGAUGCAUGCAGUGUGAAGAUACAGUCCAGCUCUGAAUAAGAGGCAAAACAUUGUGCUGAUAAAGAAAUACUUGUGCCCAAGGCUUAGAGUAAUUUUUGACACAAGCAUAAUCCCAAGGAUGUUUCUAACUCAUUUGAGUAGCUCUUUGUUUUUACAUUGGUUUUGCGCUCUGAGGCGCUGACGGUCUACACUGUGGCCAGCUUGUGACCUCAACAAACAGACCAUGCCUAUUGGCCAAUCAUUAUUUAUUGUGAAAUAAGCCUUCAUCUUUAUGCACAUGUUAUUAUAUCAUUCAUUGGAUACAUAGUCAGUGGCGACUUUAAUAGGAACACAUGUAUACCUGCUAAUUCACCGAUUUAUUCAAUCAGCCAAUCAUGUGGCAGCUGUGAAAUGCAUAAAAAGAUCAAAUCAUGCAGAUACAUGUCAAGAGCUUCAGUCUCAAAUAAUAUACUUCUCUGCUCAUCAUAGUUGUAAUGAGUGGUUAUUUGAGUUACUAUAGACUUCCUGACAGUUCCCCUCUGAUGCCUCUCAACAAUAAGGUGUUUCUGUUCACAAAACUGAUGCUCACUGGAUGUUUUUUUUUUUUUUUGCACCAUUGUGUGUAAACUCUGUUUAGUGUAGUGUGUCAAAAUCCCAGGAAGUCAACAGAUUCUGAAAUAUGCAAACCAGAACCAGGCCUUCUGGCACCAACAACCGUGCCACAGUUAAAGUUACUGAGAUCACACUUUUCACCCAUUCUGGUGUUUCAUGUGAACUUUAACUGAAGCUCGUGAAUCUGUAUCUGCAUUUUUUUGUGCAUUGCACUGCUGCCACAUGAGUGGCUGAUAUUUGCAUGAAUGAGCAGGUGAACAGGGGUUCCUAAUAAAGUGGUUUGUGAGUGUAUAUGGCUAAUCUAUUUUCUUUUGUUUUUCUAUGUGUGCAUUACACACAUUUACCUGGAGAGAGAAAAUGCCCAUCUGGAUCAGAUAGACAGAGCUCAGAACUGUUAUAUUAAUUAUAUAUUCCUUAUAUAAAAACUCACAAAUAAAAUGACUCAAUUUAUUAGUACCAAAAACCUCAAAUUAUUCACCAAAAAGAAACACACAACAUUAGAAAUUAUGAAAUGCAUUGUAUACAGUAGGAAUAUGAAAUGAUGUACUGUUUAUCAGUGCCACACAGCAGCUCGGUCAAUGAAAUAUUUUACUUAUAAGCUACUUGAUUUUAAAUUGUAGCAGUGCUACCACAUCACUAUUAUAAACUGUAAUUAAAUUAAUAAGCUUUAUUUUUUUUAUCAGAGCUGAUAAAAGAACUUUUUUUUUGACUGAUUCAUGUAAACCUGGAAUUUUCCCGUUAUCAGAUUACUUAAGUACAUGUAAAUGCGAACUAAUUCUCUAAUUAUGUUGUACAUUGAUAUCAUUGUUUGCUUGUUGGACUAGUGUACUUUAGCAUUUACUUGAGCCCAUUUUGAUUAAAACUUGUAUUUUUUUUCCCAUACUUUCCCCAGAAGGAACAUGUGCAUAACAGUAAUUUUACUGUUAAUAUAUCUCGCUAGUCUGAAAACACAGUAAGUAUAAUAGCAGCCUCAUGUCUGUCUUCUCGUUGUUGUGCAGGCUGCAUCUCCAUCACAAGUUACAAACUAUGUAAAUGCAAUAUUGGGAGUGUGUGGGUUUCUUUAGUGUUAUUUCUUUCUAGUAUUAGUUGUCUGUGAUAUUGGCUUUGUGAAAUUGUCCCAGUAUAAGUGGACAGCUGAAUGUGUCUUUUAGAAAGGCAGUCUCCUUCAUGUGGACUUAAUCAAGGCGCAAACAAACGCCAAGUCUUUCAUAUUGGAGGACGGCAGAAAGGGCCUUCUGCUCUAGCCAUGGCGAGGGAUGCAUUGAAAACCACUAUAGCCUUAUACUAAAAACAAAGAGAUUUAAGAAAACUUGAAGUAGGAUUUUUGUUAGGUUAACGAAUGUUACUAUAUGUCCAAGAGCCUUGAUCCUGUCAAAUGAACACCAUGGCAAUGCAGUCUGUACAAAUGUCUUUUAAUUACAAAACUGAUAUUAUUAAUAUGAAAUCUCAGAGAAAGGUCUAUUUUAAAGUUUGUGUUUACAUUAGUUGCAUUAUGGAUUAAAUUAUACAUUAUAUUUUCUUGUGCUUUAUCUCCAAGAGCAAUGUUUUUUAUUUUUUUGUGCCUGGUCAUUCAUACACAGUCAAAGCCAGGCCAAACUGAAGACCAAGUCUUACUGUUGUAGUAGAUCUACAGUGUUUCUGUUAAUAUUUAGACUAUUUAAACCCAUUUGCCUCUCAGUUGCUGUAUUUAGUAUCAGUGUGGAGAUCAAGAUGAAAUACUUAAUUUUUUAUAUGAAGGACUUUAAUGGAUGUACAGUAAAACUAGUGAAAUUCAUAUUUCCUCAAGGUGGUGGAAAAAGAAAUUUGAUUAAAAGGUGAUUACAUUUA